AUGAAUGCUUUGGAUUCUCCGCUUGAAGCUCUAGCUUUUAAUUAUUUGAGCUAUGGAGUUUUGACGGCGGUGAACAGUAUAUGGCCGUUGGUUGCCGUUUUAACUGCCGCCGUUAGCUUCUGGAGGAUCAGAGCUUUAUCAUCUUCAAAAUGGGUUCCACGUGGCAGAAGCACAGAUUGUGCAUCGACUUCAUUAUCGCCGGUGGAUGAGGAUGUAACGGCGGCGGAUGCUGAGGUGGCUUCGACUUCAAGUCAAUUUAACACUUAUUUAUCGGGUUCAAAUACCAAGUUCCGAGUUUUAGAGAGACAAGGUACUACGAAAGGGAAAUUUACUUUGUACUAUGAUAAGGAUGAGAGUAGGACGGGAGAGGGUGACGAUAACGGUGGCCGAAACGAUGAUGGAGCGACGGCUAAUGAGAAGUUGGGGCUGUGUUGCGAUGAUUGGGAGAGUAUGAUGGUGAUGAAAAUUGGAGGUAUGGGGUGGUACCAGUACCAAGACUUAACGGUUCUUGAUGGCAGCGUCGUUAGAUUGUGGGACAGUCGAUGGCAGAGAAACGCCGCCGCAGUUGGUGGCGUUACGUGGUAG